AUGGACUUUCCAAUACCACCUGACAGGUAAAUCGUUAGUGUUACCCUUGGACGUAAAACUAAUACUCCUUUUUUUAUGCCCAUGCAAAUAAUACUUCAAGUAUCAGUCCAAACAAUCAACACGCCAUGUAUCAGUCUAUAUAACCAACACCUCAUUGAUCAGCCUAUACAACCAACACCCCAUGAAUCAGUCUAUAUAACCAACACCCCAUGUAUCAGUCCAAACAACCAACACUCUAUGUAUCAGUCUAUAUAACCAACACCUCAUUGAUCAGCCUAUACAACCAACACCCCAUGUAUGAGUCAAUACAACCAAUACCCGGUGUUUCAUCUCAUGCAAUUAAUUGACAGUAUCUCUGCUCAUACAACCAAUACCUUUAGUCUUAACUCAAACAAUCAAAAUCUUUUGAUUAAUUUGCUGAGCCUCUACAAUCUCUAAUUCCGUGCGUCAGCCUCCACAAUCUCUAACUCCGUGUGUCAGCUUUUACAAUCUCUAUCUCCGUGUGUCAUAUACAUAUUUUCAAGUAUACAACGUGACUUACACGUCAUAUUUCAGAUAAACACCUGGCCAACUACCUGGCCCCUUCAUGGCUCACAUAAUAGAUAUUCGGCAAAUAAACGGAUCCUAAAUAAAUUUAAAUGAUUUGAUUUGUAUUUCCUGAUUCCUAGAUGCCCCAAUUUUUUUAAUGUGUAUUUCCUUAUUCCUAGGUGCCCCAAUGAUUUGAUUUGUAUUUCCAUAUUCCUAGAUGUCCCAAUGGACCUUGCCCCACCGAGAAGUUUCCUGGUCUAUGGGCCAUCCCCCUCAACAGCUGGAAGACCACAGAUGGGAGUAGCUACUGUAGCAUGAUUGAUGCCUGUGUGGUGGCCGACCCCGCCGAUGACGUAGCCACGACGAAAGAGAAGUAUUUGCAAUAUUUCAGGAAGAAUUUCUACGAAGAUUUCUACCCAAGAAAGGUAUUUAUUUUCACGGCUUCGUUUUCCAAAGUUAAAUUCUUUCUUACUCAUAAAUAAUUUUUUUCUUACAUUUCUUCAAUUAAAUAAGGAAAUGAUUGCACUAAUUACGCCAACGGAUUGUGUUGUCUAAUCAUGCAAACAUAUUAUGCUAAUGCACUGAAGAAUGUACUUUUAAAUGUUUUGAAAUGUUAACAUAUCGAGGUUUGUCUUAUUUGAAAAGAUGUGGAAAACCACAAGUUAUCUCUAAUUGUGAAUUUAUGUAAUUUCUCUUAAUUGUCACUUAAUGUACCGUAAUUAAUGUCUUAUUGAUUAUUUUAUCUUGUGUAACCAUUCUCUAAUUGUGCCAUUUUUCGUAUUUGCUGUAUAAUUAUAAUUGUAUGUCACUGUAGUUUAAUUAUUAAUUUUUGUACCUUGCAGGUCCCCAUUGAAGUAUUUACGCAUUCAUCUCUGUUCUUGCAAGUCCCCAGGGCAGUAUUCUCUCAUUCAUCUCUGUUCUUGCAGGUCCCCAUUGAAGUAUUCACUCAUUCAGAUCUGUUCUUGCAGGUCCCCAUUGAAGUAUUCACUCAUUCAUCUCUGUUCUUGCAGGUCCCCAUUGAAGUAUUCACUCAUUCAGCUCUGUUCUUGCAGGUCCCCAUUGAAGUAUUCACUAAUUCAGAUCUGUUCUUGCAGGUCCCAUUGAAGUAUUUACUCAUUCAGCUCUGUUCUUGCAGGUCCCCAUUGAAGUCUUCACUCAUUCAGCUCUGUUCCUGAGAAACCCCGGCAGCUUUGAUGCAUUGAAAGACUUCUUACUGGAAAUAAACAAAUUAAAAAAUGUUUGGAUUUUAACCCCGAGUCAAGUCAUAGACUGGAUGCAGCGACCUGUCAGCAACAAUGACGUCACGAAUGGUGCCAUUAGCUCCUGGAACUGUGGCAGUGCGGAUGCUUAGUCUCAUCUUUAGUAUGCUGGAACUGUGACAGUGGAAUACUUAGUCUUAUCUAUCGUAUGCUGGAACUGUGACAGUGGAAUGCUUAGUCUUAUCUAUCGUAUGCUGGAACUGUGACAGUGGAAUACUUAGUCUUAUCUAUAGACUUAACUUUAGUCUGCAUUAUUUUAAUUUGUCAUCCUG